UUCUCGCAGGGCUCCCGCGCCCGGUUCUGAGGGGCAGCCGCUCCUGGAGAGUAUGCACAAUGUCUUCCUUAUCAUCUGCAAGAACUGCAUCAGUACCACCAUCUUCAGUCAUAUUAAGUGUCAGAAGGACAGAAUCCCAUGAUAUUCCUAAUAUUGUCAGUCUUAUGAAAUAUGACACAGAAAGAUUGUUUGGCAGGAUUAAUGUCAUAUAUCUUUUAGAAAAAGCUAAUCUUGCAGUGACUGUGAUUAAUCACAAAAAUGUAAGUGUUGCUCAUGCUGCAUUUCUGGAUUAUCCUAGCUGGGAUGUUGUUGAUGAGGCCAACUGGGAAGCAUAUAUGAAAGAAAACUAUGCUCAGGACAAGUGUACACCUUUGAAUACAUUGUUUAUGCAUCUGUUUGUAACAACUGAUGAAUAUGCAGUUGAUUGUUGUCAUGAAAUUAUGAAGACUGUUUUUAAAACUGUACCAGAACUACAUUUCAUACUUCUCUUCAUACCAUCUCAAGAGGAAUUGGGUAUAGACUUGGCAGCUGCUUUUGUGCCAAUGAUGAGUCAUUUCAGUUCAACUCUGAAUAUGGAAUAUAGCCUCCAUGUGUCACACAGGCAUCAAUAUUGUCCCCAGCUGUAUAUUCGCUGUGCCAGGGUAGAAGACCAUGAUGAUCUCACACCAAUCUUUUCACGGCACAAUGAUACUCUGAGGCAAACCUAUGGAGAAUAUUUCCUCGCUGAACUGAUAGAAGCUCAAGAUGAAAAGAAUCUUGCUGUAGUUUGUGAGGAUGAUGGCGUAGCAGUGGGUUUCAUGAGCAUAUGCUCUGAAGUGAAUACACAGCUGCUUCAUGACUGCUUUGACUUGAGUCUUUUCCAUGGACUUUGCAAACCACACCCAGAUGAUAUUCUUAAACCACCGUGCAUUCCAAGUGAAAUUACAGGUGAUGAAAACAGUAGCUUAGGAAGUCAAAAAGAAGAAAUGAUGGAUACCCAAAAUACAGAUAUCCAGAGACCCAGCAAAAUUGGAAGUGUCUUUUCUCAAGCUUCAGUUGUAUCAAAGAAAAAAGGUAUAACUCACCAGGUGUCACAAAAAGAGGGAAUACUUGCUCAGUUUUCAUUAGAACUGGCAUUAGAAAGCAACAGAAAUAAGGAUCUGAAAGCAACUGAAACACCAUCUACCUCUACUGUUAGUUUUGACAGACAACCUUUCUGUCCCCUGUAUAAAGGAGCAGUAAAUGCCUUUUGUAUUCAGCUCUUCUGUAUUGAUGAGCAACACGAAACAAGGUCACUGGAUUUCUUAAAUUUUGUUUUUAAUCUUUUCCCAGACAAAGACUUCUGCAUCAUCACAGUGCCACAUAUGGUCCCUGAAUUUCAUCUGAUCCAGAGUUUUGUUAGGAUUAUUCCCUUUAAUAAUUGUACACUGGAUCAGGAGCUCUAUGUAUUUCACCGUUCUGGAUUGCUCAAGUCUUUUCUUGUAAGAGCAGCAAAAUCUAGUGAUGUCUUUGGUAUUGAAAGACUAAUACAAACCCUGGAAUUGAACACAAGUGUAUUGAAUGACUUAAAUAAGUACUUAUCAGCACGAAGAGAUCCAGAUGGGAUACCAGUUCAGGCAUUUGUAGCAGAGGUUUUGAAUCAAAUAGUUGGAAUAUCUGUUAUUAGAAAUGAAAUGGACAUUGAAUAUAUUCGCUCACACUACAACAUUGAAGAUUUUAUCUAUUUCAGUCAUUACCAACAGGAAGAACAUGGCCACCUUUACCAUUUUGCUCUCAAUCCAAUCUUUCAUCAUUAUGCCAAACAUUUUAUGAAGGAGAUACUUCGGUUAGCCCACAAAUCUUGUCUCUAUUAUCCUAUUUAUCCCCAGCCUGAAGAAGGCAAGUUCCAGAAUCCCUGUGCCCAUUCCCUGACAUCUGCCCUACAUUACAUGGUUCCCGUGCGACCAAGACGACAGAUUGUCUAUCCUCUGGAAAAGCUUGGCAUAAAUGCUCCAUCAAAGCAAGUCUCUAAGGAUCAGUUAAAGUACGCAUUGUAUCACUUCAAUCGAAAGUUGUCCUUGGAGCCUAAAGUGUCGGUCAGUUGUAGAAUAGUAGUUGUUGGAGCAUCAAAUGUUGGAAUCUCCUUCCUGGAGACACUGAUUUUUUGCCCACACCUGAAAUUCAACAACCUUACAUUGAUUUCAGCUCAUGGACUUCCAGGGAAAGAUGAAUCAAAUAAUCUGCAUAAGCGAUUUUUAAUUAACAGUUAUUGUUUUAAUGAGGAUGAUUAUGCACUGAUGUCACUUGGUUCAUGGAUUAAUGUUGUGGCUGGAAAAAUGACUGCUAUAAACAGAUCUGCAAAACAUGUAAUAGUUUCCAAGGAGAAAAAAGUGCCAUAUGAUCAUCUCAUUCUCUGCACUGGCCAACAGUAUCAGGUCCCAUGUCCUACUGGUGCAGAUAUCAAAAAAUUGUGGACCAACAGAGAGGUAUCAACAAACUAUCAACAAAGAUAUGUAGGAGUAGUGCCUUCCAAUCUUUUUAUUAUUUCUGAUGAUGAAGAUGCAUUAACAGCAAUGAAGUGGCUAAAAGAAAAUGUGAUUGAUUCCACAGGGAAUAUUAUUGUCUAUGGUAAUAAAAUUGAUGUUUACACCACUAUAGAAUCCCUCUUAUCAUUAGGAAUUAGUGGCUAUCGUAUACACCUUGUGCACCCUCCCUUGUACUCCAACAUUACUUCUCUCAAUAACAACGCAAUAGAAAAGGCUGUCAAGAAAGCACUGUCCAGGGCUGGUGUAACUGAACACCGUGAUAGUCUGUUGGCUCAAUGGAAUGAUGGCAAUCAUCCAGAUCCAAUCGCAUCUGCAUCUUUCACUACUAAUACAAAACCAUUUAAGUUGCAAUGUUCUGCAUUCUUUAACUUUACCAAAAGAAGAGUGGAUUAUGAGACUUUCAGAGCAGUUAAUGACGCCUGUCUUGUCUAUGAUGGGAGGCUUGUGAUUGAUACCAACUUCCAUACUAAUGAUGUGGCCAUCAGAGCUGGAGGUCCUUUAACCAAAUUUUCCAAUAUAUACUAUGCUAAUGAAUGGACACACAGCAAUUUCAGCUCAAAGGAGAUUGGUUUUCAGCUUGCAGCAACCAUGCUGAAUCUUUUUGAUCCAACUCUAGAACCAAUCUUUGAACCUCCAGAAGAUAUGGAUAGACUAAUUCCUAUGUACAAAGGAUGCAAAAUUCAAGGUGGUGUUCUACCUGGAAAAUAUCAUUAUGUGCAUAUUUUUAAACCUGGGAUUCCUGCCCGCUUGGAUGUACAAGAAUCACAACCUAAUUAUGGGAUUGCAAUCACAACAGGAGAUGCAGUAAAGGGAAAUUACUUCAGAAUACAUGUCAACCAGUACAACAUGAUAGAAACCAUUACUUGCUUUUCAAAGGAAGUUAUUCCUGUUUCCAACUACAUAUGUUUAUUUGGACAGCAUGAACGUCUUCUUAAUAAUCUUUGUUCUCGCUGGAGGGAGGGACUGAUCUCAAAUCUCUAUAGCUACUUUAAGGAACCUUGGGCCUUGGCCAUCUAUCAUGAUCGUUUUACUGAUCUGAAGAAAGAACUACGUCAGAUCUUAGUAUCUGUUCAGGAGGAAGAUGUUCCUUCAAUGCAAGAACUUGUGCGUCAAGUAGUAGAAGGUGAACUUUCAUUACUUGAAAGACCAAAAACAUAUCUCAAACGAUCCUUUAAGCAAAGUAUAUACAAGAACCUGGUAGAGAAAAGCAUUCUCAAUUAUCUGAAUUAUAACAAUUAUCAUCUACCAAUGUUUGCCUGGCCAGGAAUAGUUUAG